AUGUACACCUAUAUACGGACGAGUCGUCGACGGGUCGGCCGUCGUCUACGUAUUGAGGUGUGUAUACGCCCAUGUGUGACCACACACACGCGACGCGCGCGCGCGUCGACGCCGCACUCGUCGCGCGCGCGCGCGUCGAUGCGCCCCGUCGAGGCGUCGCGCGCGAUCGCUUUCGCGCGCGUCCGUGGUCGAUCGCGCGCGCGCGGGCUCGGGACGCACGCGGACGCACGCGGUGGAUUUCAGGCGAUGGCGUCCACGAUGGGGCGGCGAACGACGACGGCGACGCGGGCGCUCGGUGGGGCCCAGGGCGCGUUCGGCGUCGCCGUCGUCGCCGGCGCGUGGUACGCCGCGAUGGUGGUGAUGACGCGGACGCGAACGAGGAGCGAGGUGCGGGUGACGGGGGCGGGACGGAGCGCGGCGGCGACGGCGGCGCUGGACGCGUGCGCGGAACUCUUGAAUAGAGGGUACGACGCGGUGUCGUGGCUGACGAAUCGACACGUGAGUACGAUAUUGAGCUCGUUGUUGCGGCGAGAUUUGGACGUGAAGUAUCAGCGGGAGGUGGUGACGAUGCCCGACGGGGGACACGCGACGCUGGACUGGCCGCUGAGCGUGGACGGGGACGUCGAAGACGAGGCGUUUGAUUCGGGCGUCGAGGGCGAUGCGUGCGAGAUUGAGCGAAGAGGACCUCCGUACGUGAAUCGAGUGUUUGAUCAGAGCGCGCUCGUUCGUCGGCGCUUGGCGGCGCACCAGGCGGGGAUCGCCGCGGAUGCGCCCGUGUUGGUGCUCAUGUCGGGCAUCGCGGGCGGGUCGCACGACAAGUAUUUGAAGCACUUUUUGAAGCGCGCUCGGGCGAGGGGGUUCAGAUGUGUGGCGUUCAACUGUCGCGGUACCUCCGAGUCGCCGCUGACGACGCCGCAGUUUUACAGCGCGUCGUACACGGGAGACAUCAGGCACGUUGUCAGUACGCUUCACGAGCGCUUUCCAAACGCGCCGCUCUUUGCAAUCGGAUGGUCGCUGGGGGCGAACAUCCUGACCAACUUCCUCGGCGAGGAGGGGGAGAAUGCCAAGCUCGAUGGUGCGGCGGCGCUGUGUAACCCGUUCGAUCUGAACAAGUGCGAUACCGCGCUGGAGAGCGGAUUCUUUGGGAAAAUUUAUAGCAGAGCAAUGGCGAGCAACAUGCGAAAGCUCUUCGCGCCGCACGAGAACCUUUUCGCGGGCUUGCCCAACUAUAAACCGGAGCUCGUCAAGGCUGCGAAAACGGUGAGAGAUUUCGAUGAAGCCAUCACACGCGUGACGUUCGGUUUCCCCUCCGUCGACGCGUAUUACGAGUACUCCGGGAGUAAGAAUCGCAUCGCAGACGUGCGCGUCCCGCUGAUGGCGGUGCAGGCGCUUGACGAUCCCAUAGCCGUCGCGGAUUCUAUCCCGCGCAAGGCGAUCGAGAACAACGAGCACAUUAUUUUACUUGAAACCGAGACUGGCGGACACCUGGCUUGGGAAGCCGGUCCCGAGGCGCCGUUUGGGGCACCUUGGCCCGACGCCGUGGUCAUGCGAUUCUUCGAGGCGCUUGUGGAUGCGAAGCGCGAAACGAAAUUCGCUCCGGUGGCGAGUGAGGUGGCGACGCCUAUCGACGUCGGCACUUCUCCCGCGCGCUAG